CGAAACCCUCACCACCACUCGCUAGCUAAGAAAAUUAACAUAAACCAUUGUUUUGGUCCCAUCCAAAAAAAGCUUUCCCUUAUGAAUUGGGCACACCUCAGCUCAGUCAUUUGUUUUAUCAGUACAUUAAGUAGUGAUUAAUCUCAAUUAUUUGAAUAAAUCUCGCUAGGUCAGCUUAUGUGGUGCUGAUUCAUCACACUGGCAUAUAUUCAGACAAAAUUAAUAAUUUUGGAUUCUAUGCAGCAACCAAGCAGACAUUCCCUUUCCGUUUAGUUUACCGUUGGGAGUUUUACAGUGGAAUUGGUCUUGAAAAUUUUCAAUUGCGAAAUCACACUUGCUGCUCGAUCUCCGUCCUUCUGAUUCUUAUGGCAUCGCUUCACGCAUCCGAGCUUGAUUAUGCCGCCACAGACUCUGUCACGUCCUCUCCUCGCUCCGAUCACUAUGGCUCCCAUGAUCCUUGCGUCCGCUUCAUGUGCAGUUUUGGUGGUAAGAUUCUUCCUCGGCCACAUGACAAUCAGCUUCGUUAUGUUGGUGGAGAGACUCGCAUCGUCGCUGUCCACCGCUCUAUCAGUUACUCUUCCCUCCUGACUAAACUAUCCAAACUCUCCGGUCUCACUAACUUGAGCGUAAAGUAUCAGCUGCCAAAUGAAGAUCUCGAUGCUCUGAUAUCUGUUACAACUGAUGAGGAUAUAGAUAAUAUGCUGGAAGAAUAUGAUCGGGUUUUAUUGAAUCAGAAUCCUCGAUCGGCACGACUACGGUUGUUUCUCUUCUCUAAAGGAGAGGAUUCGAGAGUUAGCAGCAUCAGCUCUCUUCUUGAUGGCUCUACAAAUCGAGAGCACUGGUUCUUUGAUGCUCUUAAUGCUGGGUCCAGGCUCGAGCGUGGACGAUCUGAGGCUUCCUCCAUUGUGUCUGAAGUGCCUGAUUAUCUAUUCGGAUUGGAUAACUCGGAAGAUCCCCAACCUCGCGAGCCAAAAAUGAAGAGCCGAUUCGUUAUGCAAGACAACGUCUCAGCUUCUGAUCCAGGUUCUCCUGCUCCGGUUAUUUCUUCGCCGUACUGCUCGACUUCGUCAGCUAUGCCAAUUGUGCCUUCGAUUCCUGAUCUUCCACCCGUCAAGACCAAACUCGAAAACAGGGAUCCAGUCAUACAACCGAAGCAGAACACAACAAAUGCUGGUUCUUCUGAGACAAUUGAACCAGUGACAACCCAGCCAACUGGGUACCCGAAUAAUCCCGUUAUGCAUUAUAUUCCAGAUUCUCAUUAUCCGGGUCAUCAAGUACAACAAAUGCCAUUUUAUUAUGUACAGGGUCCAGUUCCACCGGGUAAUGUCCCGGUUCAACCCGUUCAAAUUCGGCCUUCAUACGUUCAGCAAUAUCCAGUAUCAACAGGUCAAAUACCUAUGGGAUAUCACCAAGCAGUUCCUGGUAUGGGUCAAGUAUAUGGUGGGGGCGCUAUGAGGCCCAUGGCUCAACUGGAUCCAUAUGAUGGUGGAAGAACAGUUCCUGAUGGGGUGAACCAACAGCUCUAUUAUGGGGUUAGAAAUACAAGCCCAGGUAUGGUUCAAGGGUACCCAGGCAUGGUGGUGCAGGGUGGGGAAGAUUUGCAACGGACUGUCUCCGACACAAAAUCAGGUAGAUUCUCUCAAUCUUCUUAAUGAUAAGUGCAAUAUAUUAUUUGUAUUUUGCUUCUUUAAGUUUUGCUUUAAGGCUUGUGAUUGUGAUUGUGAUUGAUGAUUUUCUGCUAAAACAGAUUUGUAAAUGUAAUUAGUUUUCUAUUUUGUUGAUUUUGUGUGGUUCACCAAUAGUGGAAUUCUGAAAGUUGUCUACAUAGAAUACAAAUAUGCUAUGAAGCUCUUCUGUA